UAGCUAGAUUGUUCCAGAAACCUGAGAUCUCUAUGAAUUGACUUACAUAAUUCUUCCUUCCUCUUUUCCACUGUUGUCAUAGUGGAAAUUGUGUUCUACCGACGUAAUUGACACAGGAUACAAAGUGAAUAUACAAUAUCAUCGGACAUAUUUCUCCCCGUAAAUGAUUAAAAAAGUUGCCUAAGUUAAAUAAAAGGUUAUAUAAUUUAAAAAAUUAAAGAAUGUUUUAAACAAAUGACUAGGAUAUGCGGCAUAUCUAAAACAACCGGUGAAGGUAAUAUGUUUUGAUGAUACACACACACAGUCAAAUAUUUGUGCACACUCAAUUGGUUUGGAACCUGAACGUCAUGAGAUGCCCGGGAUUCUGUGACAAUUACGUAACAGUCUAGUUCGUGUUUGAAAACUGGCCAGGACAGCCAUUUUUGUUUGUGUAACAACAUUCAUCGUGUUUUGAGAAUGGUUGAAUGUUUUGAGAAUGGUUGAAUGUUUUGAGAAUGGUUGAAUGGUUUGAGAAUGGUUGAAUGGUUUGAGAAUGGUUGAAUGCACCUGGCAAUCAGAACAUUGACUUGGCUUUUUAACCAUUUCACUCAAUUUCAAUUGCAUGGCCCUUGUACAGUAUUUUUCACCACCGAAGUAAUGAAUAGGUUUUUAAAAAUGUAUUAUAUAUAUAUAUACUGUUUUGAGUCAUGACUUUGGAUCUGGGCCAAGUAUUUGGAAAGUUUGUCUGUCUAAGUUAGUGUUUGUUUGAGAUCACUUCAUGUUUCAGUGGGAGAGACCAGACCAAUGACUGGACCAGACAGUCACUACCCUUCCCUCCCCAACCAAUCACUCCUGAGAGAAGUCACAGGUCAAAGUUAUAUCAGCCCAAGAGGCAGAGACGGGCAAAAGAGUAUUUAGGAACUGCUACACAGCACAACAGAGAAUAUUACCCUUUGAAUUCAGAAGAACCUUUCUAGCCUGAAAGGAUACAGCGAACAACUAUGUCACCUAUUUUACUGAAUGGUAUAGGGACUGUCAAUGACCAUUCUGAAUAUAUCGAACCCGAGGUCCCUUUCAAGAACCCCCAGAUCCAUGUGAAGAACCCCCAUUUGGAUACAAUGGAAGAGGACAUUCUCUAUCACUUCAACCUGGGGACCAAGACCCACAACCUACCUGAGAUGUUCGGAGACAUCAAGUUUGUGUGCGUCGGCGGCAGUGCCAAUCGGAUGAGGUCCUUUGCUCAGUUCAUUCACCAGGAGCUGGCCUUGCCCGGAAACAUGGAUGACGUCACAGACAUCUGUGAGGGAACCGACCGCUACUCCAUGUACAAAGUGGGACCCGUACUUUCUAUCAGUCAUGGUAUGGGCAUCCCUUCCAUCUCCAUCAUGCUCCAUGAGCUCAUCAAACUGCUGCAUCAUGCCCGCUGCAUCGACUUCAUCCUCUUCCGCAUUGGCACCUCCGGUGGAGUCGGUCUGGCACCAGGAACAGUAGUGGUCACAGACAAGGCGGUGGACUGCUUCUUCCGCGCCCAGUUUGAGCAGGUGGUUCUAGGUAAGGUGGUCACAAGGAGCACAGAGCUGGACGUGGGCGUCUCCAAGGAGCUGCUGCAGUGCUCCUCCGAGUUAGAGGACGUGCCCACCAUCAUCGGCAACACCAUGUGCACCAGUGACUUCUAUGAAGGUCAGGGUCGGCUGGAUGGAGCUCUCUGCUCCUUCUCCACUGAGGACAAGUUGGAGUACCUGAGGAAAGCCUUUAACACGGGAGUCAGGAAUAUUGAGAUGGAGUCCACCGUCUUCGCAGCCAUGUGUCGUGCCUGUGGCAUCAAAGCUGCAGUCGUAUGCGUGACUUUGUUGAACCGUUUUGAUGGGGACCAGAUCGCCACCCCUCAUGAUGUGCUGGUGGAGUACCAACAGAGACCUCAGGUUCUGGUGGCCCACUUCAUCAAGAAACGCCUGGGCCUCGUCGUCUAAGCUCCCUCCGAUCACCUCUGCUGCCCUUGGAGUGUAAUAUAGCUACAGUCCCAACUGAUAUGUGGAUAUAUGUAUAUAGACAAGUUGAUAUGUGAUCAGAUAUUAUUUAAACAGAGUUCUAAGAGUACAUGAAAAUACAUUUUGCUGAUUUGUUUAAACGAAGCUCAAAGAGUGGGCUCUUAUGCAAUUGUGUGGUAUUUGUGUAUAUUUGUAUGAUAUUAUAUAUUGUGUGACUGAGUACUUUGACUGUGUAGAUGAAAUCGUCUGUCUGUGUUACUUCUGGAUGACAUUAAGUCCUGUGACUUAAAAUGAAGCACUCUGACUGAAAUUUAAUCAAAUGACUCAUGCAGGAGUUAGGCACUGGUGUAGCUGGGAUAUAUUUAGAAAUGGAAAUACAUCUGACUUCAUUGUACCUGACAUUUUAAAAUCAUGAAUAAAUUCAUUUCAGGCCUGGCU